UUGUGUCAUGACACUUCAAUUUUGUGCAGCUUGCUGGACGAUCGCAUUGUGUUUAUCGUUUUCUUUCUAAAAUCGUAAAUCCAUCUCGAUUUUUGCAGUUUAUUCCGAAGACCCGCCUCCAGUGCCGUGACCAGCGUCUGUAGAUCUCAUACGAAGCAGCACCACUCGAAGAUGGAUAACGUCGUCGCCUUGUACAAGCAGUUGCGCACCGAGUGGACCAAAGCUCCCGUCAACAUGAAGCUGUGCGGUUCGUUGCUGGACAAGCUGAAGGUUGCCCUGGUUGAACUGUCCUAUCUGCCCACUGGAAACAGUUCCGCCACGCAACAGGAGCUGGUAAUUGCACGGGAUGUCCUCGAAAUUGCCGUCGAGUACAGUGUGGCCACAAAGAACAUUCCUGCCUUCGAGAGAUAUAUUUCACAGCUUAAAUGCUACUACUACGAUUACAAAAACCAGCUGGGCGAAUCCAAAAACAAAAACCAAGUGCUGGGAAUGAACUUACUUUUCCUGCUGUCGCAGAAUCGUGUAGCCGAGUUUCACACGGAGCUGGAGCUGCUUCCGGCCGAUAUUAUCCAAUCCAACGAGUACAUCCGUCACCCGCUGGCCUUGGAGCAGUAUCUGAUGGAGGGACGCUACAACAAAAUCUUCCAAGCGAAGGGCAAUGCCCCGUCGGAGCGGUACAACUUCUUUACCGAUAUUCUGCUGCAGACGGUGCGGGAUGAAAUCGGUGCCUGUCUGGAAAGCUCGUACGAGCGGGUUUCCCUCCAGGAGGCAGCCAAACGGUUGAAUCUCAAAACCAAGGAAGAGGUGAAGGAAUUCGGUGAGAAGAAAGGCUGGAAGCUCGGAUCGGACGGGUUCUACCACUUCGUUAGUGAGUUGGUCAAACCAAAAGAUCCGAUGCCGUCGCAGGAGCUGGCCGAACAGGCCAUUUUCUACGCGCGUGAGCUUGAGAUGAUCGUUUGAGCAGGAUUUCUUUCCUCCAUUAGGUGCGUAAGGUUCACUGAUUUUUCUAUUGGUAUAAAAGAACAGAUAAUUUAAUAAAUAGAGACAUGAGUAACGAA